AUCUUAUCCGGGGUCGAAGUUUUCUAUGUAACAUUUUUCGGUGUUAAGGAGAAAUUCGUAACUACUUUGAAUUACUGAAAAGAUGGACAAAGCCGAAACAGCGUAUUCAAGAAUGUUAUGGCGAUUUUGCAAUCUCUGUAUGUGUAUAUUUUUUACUUUAGCUACUUAUGUACAGAUCAAUGAUCCUGAUUCUGUAUUGUGGAUGGUAGGGUAUGCCAUACCAGCAAGCCUGUGCUUAAUGACAAGCUUCAAACCAAAUGUAACAGAGAUGAUAUUAUGGAAGUGUCUCGCCAACCUUCACUUGAUCAUCUGCUCUGCUGUUGCUGCCAUGUUGGGAUGGACCCUAUAUAGACAACGAGAUCAGGACAUCUUUCAGCAGGAGGAAGGAAGGGAAUUCUCUGGCCUCGUGAUAACUGCACUCUGGCUGCUGCUUUGUCGCGAUUCCGGAAGGGGCCCGAUCGGCGCUGUCCGUCUGAUCACCGCCGCGGCGCUCACGCUGUUCCCGUUUGUGACUUGGCUGUACUAUUAUGUCAAUGAAGAGCUGAGAUCCACUUGGCCCUUGCAUUGCAAAACCGCUCUGUAGCCUGUCAGGCCUCUUCACCGAACACAAGGGGGCAGCACAUACAAAAUGAUGGUUAUUCACAUGUACUGCAGUCUGGCAGUUCUGCGGCUUCACUGAUUCUGUCAGCCAGAAUCAGUUUAAUUUAAUUCUGUUAGCACUUGUCCUUGAGAACUCUGGAUAAGAGCAAGAAUCGUCACUAUUUCAAAGGCAGUAUUUCUGUAAGGUUCCGUAGUAAAUUGAUAUGGCCUGUAGUUGUGGCCCAACAGUGAUCAUUCUUAUACGUGAACCCAGUUAUCAGAAUGUUCGGCUGUGCUGUUCAAACCUUUUUACAAUUCUGAGAGUAAUACUGACAUCAGAAUUGUGGAAUGUAUGGUGUCAUCUCUGGAUAGUCAGAUUUUUGCAUGUAAUGCAUAAUAGCUUUCAUCUGUUCAUACUGACUAAUCUGUAAAUAUUUUUCUAUAUGUACAUAUUACUGCAAGUACUACCUGGAAUCAAAUAAGAUACACAUACUUGCAGUGAUACUAUUCUUUAAAUAUAUGGUGGAAAAACA